GUUACGUUUCCAGUGUGCCGGACCGUCCGCAUUUUCUUCGACGCGAGUUUUGUAUUCACGUUUCUUUCCGUGCGGUCGAUUGUUCAACAGCAGACUCGUUAACUUCGCGUCAACGUACACAACAUUUCCGUGCGUUAAACUUUGUGAAAACCAGUGUUCAUUAAUAAUGGCCGAGGAAACAUCCACCUCUACCGCUACCUUUACCAAGGAGGAAGAGCUGCUGCUGCAGGAUUUUAGCCGAAAUGUGAGCACCAAGUCUAACGUGUUGUUCUACGGCAACGCAUUUAUUGUAUCGGCAGUGCCCAUCUGGCUCUUCUGGAGAGUGCAUCAGAUGGAGCUCCUGUCGUCGGUAGCGUUUUUCGUCGCAGUGACUGGGCUGUGCACGUACCUGCUGGCCAUGGCCUAUCGUAACACGAAGUUUACGCUGAAACACAAGAUUGCCAACAAGCGUGAAGAUGCAGUGACCCGUGAAAUGACCGCCCUGCUGGCCGACGACAAAAAGAUGAGUCGCAAGGAGAAGGACGAGCGCAUUCUAUGGAAGAAGAUUGAUGUGGCCGAGUACGAGGCAACCACCUUCUCGAUCUUCUACAACAACGCCCUCUUCCUGGCCGUGGUCAUCUUCGCCAGCUUCUACCUGCUGCGAUCGUUCACCCCAACCUUCAACUACAUCUUAUCCGUGGCCGGAGCCGGUGGAUUGCUCGCUUUGCUCUCGACUGGAAAGUCAGCGUAGGAAGUCGUCCGUAAUUCAUGUGUACGCACAGAAUUGUUAAGCUAGAAAGUGGAGAGAUGGAUCGAUCAAGUUUGUUUUUCAGAUCGCAUCUAAGAUACAUUUCUCCGGGACUAAUUUUCCCGAAACAGUAAGACUCAAACGUUAAUUUAAACUGCGAAGGCACAUUUGUGCAUCUGUUUUUUUCUGCUACGUACUGAGACAUUCAUUCGCUCUGUAGGCUGACGAUAAUCGUCCAGCGAAACAAUAAUCAUUCGAUACAUCGCUCAGUAAAGAUUAAGUUGUGGAAAUAUAA